CUGCAGUGGGGACCGGGGCUCAGGGCCGCGGCGGCUGCGGCGGGACGACGAUGGCAGCGCCCGCCGGGGCCGGAGCACUGAUUGCAUCCCCAGACCGCCGGCGCUGUCUGUGGUCGGUGCUGGCGGCGGCGCUCGGGCUCUUGACAUAUGGUGUAUCGGCCUUGGAGGUGUAUACACCAAAAGAAAUCUUCGUGCCAAAUGGGACACAAGGGAAGCUGCCGUGCAAGUUCAAGUCUACUAACUCGACUGGCACGCUGACCUCAGUCUCCUGGAGUUUCCAGCCAGAGGGGAGCGACACCACAGUGUCGUUUUUCCACUACUCCCAAGGGCAAGUGUAUGCUGGGAAUUAUCCACCAUUUAAGGACAGAAUCAGCUGGGCUGGAGACCUUGACAAGAAAGAUGCAUCAAUCAACAUAGAAAAUAUGCAGUUUAUACACAAUGGCACCUACAUCUGUGAUGUCAAAAACCCUCCUGACAUUGUUGUCCAGCCAGGACACAUUAGGCUUUAUGUUGUAGAGAAAGAGAUUUUGCCUGCAUUUCCAGUUUGGGUAGUGGUGGGUAUAGUUACUGCUGUGGUCCUAGGUCUCACUCUGCUUAUCACCGUGAUUCUGGCUGUCCUCUAUAGAAGGAGAAACUCUAAACAGGAUUACACUGGCUGCAAUACAUCAGAGAAUGUGUCACCAGUUAAGCAGGUUUCACAGAAGUCUCCCUCCGACCCAGAGGGUCUCGUAAAGAGCCUGCCUUCUGGAUCUCACCAGGGCCCAGUCAUAUACGCGCAGCUAGACCACUCUGGCGGACACCACAGCGACAGGAUUAACAAGUCAGAGUCUGUGGUGUACGCAGACAUUCGGAAAAAUUGAGAAGACCACGAUCAUACCCUAAGCAAUAAGCAAAUCCAAACUGGACUCUUGUGCAGAAAAUGUGGCCCAUAAGUAUGUGUGGCCUUGGAAACCAAAACGUGGAGAAGCACAUGUCUAGUCAUAGAGGGAGAAAAAGAUGUGUAUAAAUGUUCUAUUUAAUCUUCCUGGUGCAAGGAGCCAGUGUUGCAUGAUUAAGAGACGGUAUGAUUCUAUGUGUAUAUAAAUUGUCUUGCUGGUUUUGUACUUCCCAUCAGGAUCAUUUACAGUUGAGAAAAUUCAGACACAUUCCUGUCACCAUCGUUUAGAUGUGGUUUGCCUUAAUGGGGAAAGUAGCAGAUCUUUUAGUAUUCUGAUAGACAUGGCCUUUUAAUAUAAGGGCUUAACCCACCUUUGUGUGUACUGUAGUUGGAGAGUGGAGAUGCUAUGAUGGAAGCAUGUUCAGGAUGGCCUUUAGCCCAGGGUAUAUCGCCUAUUUGGCAGUUGUUUUUAGAAAGCAUCCAUUUGCUAUGCCACUUGAAGACUAUGUGAUUUUUGUUGCUAUUUUCCUCUCUAAAAUACAGGGCAGUUUUCUGCUUUCAGUGUUGUGUAGACUAUAAAAUUACACCCUGUAGCAUAUCAUCUCAAUUUGUGGAUUCAUCAUAGCAAGAUUAGCAAAGGAUCAAUGCCAGAAGUCAUUUCUUUCCAAGUACUUUUACAUCCAUACCAUAAUCGAUACAUAAUUGAAAUCGAGAACCUGGACUGGCUUGAGGAGUAGUACUAUUUGGAGAGCAAAAGGUAUGGUAUGUUCUUUGCUGAAGUCCUUCGUGCUUGUAACAAGUCCCCAUAUAGCUUAAGGAGCAGAAUUUCUUUUCUUUCUAAGUAGCCAGAAAUGGAAUAAUUAGAUUGCCAGUCUCUGGUAUGGCAGAGCUCUCUCUAGAGAAUCAUUAUAAAGCUUCAGUCAUUUUCCAGCAGCCUGGCUCCUAUAAUAAUAGCUUCAAGGCCUUUGAGGUUAAAGACAGUUAGAUCUGUAAAGAAUUUUCUUCAUUUAAAAUUGAAAAUACUGAUGAUAUAGUCCCAGAACACAUUGGGGUAAGUGGGUGUGACAGGUAAUGUUAGUUUUCAUCUCAUUUAGUUUGAGGUCCCCUAAGAGCUGCUUCCUUUUUUCUUCCUGUCUUGUUCUCUUUGUGAGAGACUUUGAAGGCCAAGUUCUAAGGAAAUAAAGAGUAAUUUAGAUUUGAAGAUGUCUAGGAGGUGGUUACACAGAGAAAAAGUGUACGCGCUACAAACAAACUCUGUCCCAUAUGUGCAGUCUUUUAUUUCCUGAGAGACUGCUGUUAACCCCUGGUGCUCCAGCUCGCAUUCUGUUGACAUAUAUGUCAGCAGGACUGGGUUUUGUCAUCGCGCGUGCCUGCCAUCUCUGAGCCUGGCGUGUCUGGUCUGUGCUGCACGUGGAGGAAGGCCUUUUGGCUCUGCUGCCUGUCCCUCCCUUGUGCCCACAGGCCCCAUGCGGAAGGGGAAUGAAGAACACUCGCCCUGAGCAGUCCUGCAAAGUCACCAGCUUUGCCUUGUACCCUGGGCUUCUCUGACUCCAUGGUGAAAACUCCAGAACCUUUAGGAGGCCUUUUUGUGUAGGGGGAGCGGGGG